GGCCCCGGACCUUCCCGGCUCGCGUCCUCCGCUGACCGGAACGUUUGUCCCUUGCAUUCUGCCGACCGGCUCCGGGAGCCCCGCUGCGACGAGGGUUUCUCCCUGCUGCCCCAGCUGGAGUGGCCAGGCCCCAAGCGUAGGAUGGGACUCCUCCUACGAGGGCCGGUAGCAGCCAGAACUGAUACAGACCCCCUGAUCUGGGGCCACGACGCCAGCUGAAGAGGGUGGGAGUAUCUGGAGAUAUGGCUGGUGCCUCUGUGAAAGUGGCCGUGAGGGUUCGUCCCUUCAACGCCCGAGAGACCAGCCACGAUGCCAAGUGUGUGGUCAGCGUGCAGGGCAACACCACCUCCAUCAUCAACCCCAAACAGAGCAAGGAUGCCCCCAAAAGCUUCACCUUCGACUACUCCUACUGGUCACAUACUUCGGCGGAGGACCCCCAGUUUGCGUCUCAGCAGCAGGUCUAUCGUGACAUCGGCGAAGAGAUGUUGCUCCAUGCUUUCGAAGGCUACAACGUGUGCAUCUUCGCCUACGGGCAGACCGGGGCCGGGAAGUCCUACACCAUGAUGGGGCGCCAGGAGCCGGGGCAGCAGGGCAUUGUGCCCCAGCUCUGUGAGGACCUCUUCUCCCGAGUGAAUCAGAACCAGAGUGCCCAGCUGUCCUACUCUGUGGAGGUGAGUUACAUGGAGAUCUAUUGCGAACGAGUCCGAGACCUGUUGAACCCCAAGAGCCGGGGCUCUCUGCGGGUCCGGGAACACCCCAUCCUGGGCCCCUACGUGCAGGACCUGUCGAAGCUGGCUGUGACCUCUUACGCAGAUAUCGCUGACCUCAUGGACUGUGGCAAUAAGGCGCGGACCGUGGCUGCCACCAACAUGAACGAGACCAGCAGCCGUUCCCAUGCCGUCUUCACCAUUGUCUUCACGCAGCGCUGCCACGACCAGCUCACGGGACUGGACUCAGAGAAGGUUAGUAAGAUUAGCUUGGUGGACCUUGCUGGGAGCGAACGGGCUGACUCCUCCGGGGCCCGGGGCAUGCGCCUGAAGGAAGGCGCCAACAUCAACAAGUCCCUGACCACGCUGGGGAAGGUGAUCUCGGCCCUUGCGGACAUGCAAUCAAAGAAGCGGAAGUCAGAUUUUAUCCCUUACAGGGACUCUGUGCUCACCUGGCUGCUCAAGGAGAAUCUGGGUGAGAACUCACGGACCGCGAUGAUUGCAGCCCUGAGCCCUGCUGACAUCAACUAUGAGGAAACGCUUAGCACCCUCAGGUAUGCAGACCGCACCAAGCAGAUCCGGUGCAAUGCUGUCAUCAACGAGGACCCCAAUGCCCGGCUGAUCCGAGAGCUGCAGGAGGAGGUGGCCCGGCUGCGGGAACUGCUGCUGGUGCAGGGGCUCUCAGCCUCCGCCUUGGGAGACCUGAAGGUGGAAGAGGGGAGUCCUGGAGGUGCUCUGCCUGCAGUGUCGACGCCUUCUGCCCCGGCUUCACCCCUGUCUCCCCCGGCACACAAUGGGGAGCUGGAGCCACCAUUCUCCCCCAAUGUUGAGCCCCAGAUUGGGCCCGAGGAGGCCAUGGAGAGGCUGCAGGAGACAGAGAAAAUUAUAGCUGAGUUGAAUGAGACCUGGGAGGAGAAGCUACGCAAGACGGAAGCCCUGAGGAUGGAGAGAGAAGCCUUGCUGGCUGAGAUGGGGGUGGCUGUGCGAGAAGAUGGAGGAACUGUGGGCGUUUUCUCUCCAAAGAAGACUCCCCACCUGGUGAACCUGAAUGAAGACCCCCUGAUGUCGGAAUGUCUGCUCUACCACAUCAAAGAUGGAGUCACCAGGGUAGGCCAGGUGGAUGUGGACAUCAAGCUGACUGGGCAGUUCAUCCAGGAGCAGCACUGCCUGUUCCGGAGCAUCCCUCAGGUGGACGGAGAAGUGGUGGUCACACUGGAGCCGUGUGAAGGGGCCGAGACAUACGUCAAUGGGAAGCUGGUGGCCGAGCCGCUGGUGCUGAAGUCAGGGAAUAGGAUUGUCAUGGGCAAGAACCAUGUUUUCCGCUUCAAUCACCCGGAGCAAGCACGGCUGGAGCGGGAAAGAGGGGUCCCCCCGCCCCCGGGGCCCCCCUUGGAGCCUGUCGACUGGAACUUUGCCCAGAAGGAGCUGCUGGAGCAGCAGGGCAUUGACAUCAAGUUGGAGAUGGAGAAGAGGCUGCAGGAUCUGGAGAACCAGUACCGGAAGGAAAAGGAAGAGGCCGAUCUUCUGUUGGAGCAGCAGCGACUGUAUGCGGAUUCGGACAGCGGGGACGACUCUGACAAGCGCUCCUGCGAGGAGAGCUGGCGGCUGAUCUCCUCUCUGCGGGAGCAGCUGCCCCCCACCACCGUCCAGACCAUCGUCAAGCGCUGCGGCCUGCCCAGCAGCGGCAAGCGCAGGGCCCCACGCAGGGUGUACCAGAUCCCCCAGCGGCGCCGGCUGCAGGGGAAAGACCCCCGCUGGGCCACCAUGGCUGACCUGAAGAUGCAGGCGGUGAAGGAGAUCUGUUACGAGGUGGCCCUGGCCGACUUCCGCCACGGGCGAGCCGAGAUCGAGGCCCUGGCCGCCCUCAAGAUGCGCGAGCUGUGCCGCACCUACGGCAAGGCCGAGGGUCCGGGGGACGCCUGGCGCGCGGUGGCCCGCGACGUCUGGGACACGGUGGGCGAGGAGGAAGGCGGCGGCGGCAGCGGCGGUGGCGAGGAGGGCGCCCGCGGGGCGGAGGUGGAGGACCUGCGGGCGCACAUCGACAAGCUGACGGGCAUCCUGCAGGAGGUGAAGCUGCAGAACAGCAGCAAGGACCGCGAGCUGCAGGCCCUGCGGGACCGCAUGCUCCGCAUGGAGAGGGUCAUCCCGCUCGCCCAGGAUCACGAGGAUGAGAAUGAAGAAAGCCAAGAGGCCUCCUGGGCUUCCCCCGAAGGACCUGAGGCCAUAGAAGAGGCUGCUUCCGGAGAGCGACCACCCGCUGGCCGGCCCCCCUCGCCACCCCUGUCGAGCCUGGAGCGGGUGUCCCGGCUGAUGGAGGAGGACCCGGCUUUCCGGCGUGGCCGCCUCCGCUGGCUCAAGCAGGAGCAGCUACGGCUGCAGGGACUGCAGGGCUCUGGGGGCCGUGGUGGGGGGCUGCGCAGGCCCCCCGCCCGAUUCGUGCCCCCGCACGACUGCAAGCUGCGCUUCCCCUUCAAGAGCAACCCCCAGCACCGGGAACCCCGUGGAGGGGGUUCCACACAACCGGAACCCCAGCACUUCCAGCCCAAAAAGCACAACUAUUACCCCCAGCAGCCCCAGCCGUACCCUGCCCAGAGGCCUCCGGGGCCCCGCUACCCCCCCUACACUACACCCCCGCGGAUGAGACGGCAGCGCUCAGCCCCUGACCUCAAGGAGAGUGGGGCCGUGUGAGCCCCAGGUCCUGGGCCGAGGGUCUGGCCAGGCCUGUGCAAGGAGGAGCGAGGACGCCUGGGACACUGCUUCCCCAGAGACCCUGGGCAGGGAGGCCCCGAGAGGAGUGAAGGUCCGAGCAGGUGAUAGAAGAUGAAGGGGUGAGGCCGGAGGCCGAUGGAGGGCAGGGCACGGAGUUGCCAGGAGCAAACCAAAGUGGAGGACGAGUGAUGGGAAGCCCCUCGGGGCACCCCUUACAGAGGAGGGGGUGUCCCACCAACGCUGCUAUGGGUGGGGGUGGAGGGCCGGGGUGCUACAUAGCCAGUGUUUGACUUGCUUUUCAAGUUAGGGGUUAGGGUUAGAGCCUGGAGUGAGGCCAGUUCUCCUUCCCCGCCCCCUUCUGUAUGUCUGUCUGUGGUGGGUUUCUGUUUCCAGGGAGGUGUGGUGGGAUCAUGAGUCAUUCCCCUUCCCUUCCAGGCCUCCUGCUAUAUUGGGGGGACCUGUCUGGUUUGGCUGGAGUCCCAUGAGGGUAUGGGGCCCUUAAUAAAGGAUAGCAAACAGGG